GAGCCGGAGUUCCGGCUCCCACAUUCUUCUGCUUCCCGGGACGCUGACGGCCUCGGACCCCGCUUCCCGAAGCCUGGACUUGCAGACACCGCCCUCAGUUGUGUGUCAGCCGGUCCCGGGACCCCAGACUCCUAGGGCCCUUCUUUGGUUUUCUACCCCGACGUCCCAGCCUGUGGCCUGAAGCGUCGCUCUCUCUUUCGGGGGAAUGGCGCUGGGGAAACGGGAGCGGGAGAGUGAUCCAGCACCCGACCUCGCCUUGUUCAGACGGUCCACGAAGAGAUCCGCGCGACAUCUCUCCACGGCCCGGAACCCCAUUAGCUUCAUCCGUUCCUUCCUAGAGGGGGCCUGGCCUGUACUUUCCUACAGGACCCCAGCUCCCUGGUUCUCGGGGCUCCAGGUCUGAGAGUCACCGGAGCCGCCGCAGCCACCAUGGGGCCCUGGGGAGAGCCAGAGCUCCUGGUGUGGCGCCCCGAGGCCGUAGCCUCGGAGCCCCUAAUGCCUGUGGGACUGGAGCUGAAGUUGGGGGCCCUGCUGCUCCUGCUGGUGCUGACUCUCGUGUGCAGUCUGGUCCCCAUCUGUGUGCUGCGCCGGCCCGGAGCUAAUCCUGAAGCUUCAGCCUCCCGCCAAAAAGUCCUGAGCCUAGUAAGCUGCUUUGCUGGGGGUGUCUUUCUGGCUACCUGUCUCCUGGACCUGUUGCCUGACUACCUGGCUGCCAUAGAUGAGGCCCUGGCAGCCCUGCACGUGACGCUCCAGUUCCCCCUACAAGAGUUCAUCCUGGCCAUGGGCUUCUUCCUGGUCCUGGUGAUGGAGCAAAUCACGCUGGCUUACAAGGAGCAGUCGGCACCACCUCCUCGAGAGGAGACGAGGGCUCUUCUGGGGACAGCGAAUGGCGGGCCGCAGCACUGGCACGAUGGACCAGGCGUCCCCCCAGCAAGUGGAGCCCUGGCAGCCCCCUCUGCUCUGCGUGCCUGCGUCCUGGUCUUCUCCCUGGCCCUGCACUCGGUGUUCGAGGGGCUGGCAGUGGGGCUGCAGCGAGACCGGGCUCGGGCCAUGGAGCUGUGCCUGGCUCUGCUGCUUCACAAAGGUGUCCUAGCAGUCAGCUUGUCCCUGCGGCUGCUGCAGAGCCACCUGCGAGCAAAGGUGGUGGCUGGCUGUGGCAUUCUCUUCUCAUGCAUGACACCUCUGGGCAUUGGGCUGGGUGCCGCUCUGGCAGAGUCGGCGGGGCCACUGCACCAGCUGGCCCAGUCUGUGCUGGAGGGGAUGGCGGCUGGCACGUUUCUUUAUAUCACCUUCCUGGAAAUCCUGCCCCAGGAGCUGGCCACUUCUGAGCAGAGGAUACUCAAGGUCAUUCUGCUCCUAUCAGGCUUUGCCCUGCUCACUGGCCUGCUCUUCAUCCAAGUCUAGGAGGCUCCAAGAGGAGCAGGGGAGGUUGGGUAUCAGGUGCCCUUGACCCUCCUCCCCUCUUCAGGACUGGGGAAGGGAGGUAUUGAGAACCAAGGAGUUCUCUGGGAGGUAGGGAUGCAGCCUUUGGGACUAUCUGACCAAUGGAAUGGAGGUGGGCAGACAAGAGCCUGGCCCCGAGGCCCAAGGGACAAGGCAUGGUCGAGUCACUAGAGACAUGAUCAAGGGACAUUAAUAUUGGGCAAGACACUGAGUGCUAGCUAGACUCGGGCAGACACUACACAUAGGGACAGGUUGACACGGGGAGGCUGGAGGUGGGUACCUAGGUGCGGUGGGAUGAAAGUAUAGAGAGGCCAUGGGCCCGGAGUCAGCAAUUCUGUGGUUCCUAGCCCAUUUCAGCCCUGGCAUUUGGAGUGGACCCCUCCUACUUUUCUUAGCUCCUAUUCUCAUAUCCGUCUCCCUCUUCCCUUCUCCCAGAACACAAGUGCCAAGUGGCCUCUUCCUGCCAGCUUUGGUACCUUCUCUGGCUUCUCCAGUCCCGCUCACUCCUCUAUUUUUAAAGUGCCAAAUAAAAUGCCCUCCGUCUUUCUCAAAGCACACUGAUGGCACCUGCCCAGCACCUCCGUGAAGGGGGCCCUCUUGCUCUUUAUUUUAGUCCCAGAGCCUGGGGUGCUGGGUUUGCUGGGUCAGGGUCGGGGGAGGGUUGGCAGAGCUGCAGGUCCCCGUACCACUGCAGCACCCUAGGAACACAGGACAUGGACAUGGUGCCCCUACCCAGAUGAUAAAUACAGAGCUGCCAAAACUUUUUUAUACCAGAGGAGCCCAAGGGGGAAAGGAAAGCCUCACUCUCCUGGGGUUAUUUUUUGGGGAGGUAGGGCUGUAUAUAUGGCCAUAUUCUCUAGAAUCUAUUUUACUUACUGACCUGUUUUGGGACAUGUUACCCAAAUAAAAGAUGUUUCUAUACA